GGUUGGCGGUGGAGAGGAGAGAUGAUCUGUAUCGAACCCAUAUUGGCUCAUUAGCCAUUAGUCGAGCAGCAGCAGAUUCAUAUUACACCUAUUAUAUUUUAGUAAUUUGAUUGCGACAGUGAUAGGUGGAGUGUGAACGUGCCGCAACUACGGCCGUCAUCACUCGUCGUCAAUAACGAGGCCGAGUGUCGUUUGUUCCUCCAUUAACUACUAAUUUUUAUUAAUCGUAACAAUUUUUUUCAAAAAUAAUCGAAUCCCGCUCCCCUCCGCACAAGCGCCCGGCGCUGAUCAUACUAUUAUGCUCGAAAUCUAAUGCGUCCAGCAUCAAAACGCAAUAAUAAUCAUUAUUGUUGUUGUUGUUAUUAUGUGAAAGUGCAUGUCCACUAGAAAUUGUUUUAACGAUGACGAACUCGACUUUGCUACUACCCCAGUACCACAAGUAUCUCAAUGGAGCACCAGUGCCGUUCAGCAGACGCACCCGGAGGAACAGCGAAUUGUGUCUGGUCGUGCUGGUAUUCAUUUCCCUGACGAUCAUCUGCUUUGGAGCCGUGUUCUAUUUACCCGAGUUCAAGGCUACCUACGGUGGUACCAUCAACAAUGUCUACAAGCACAUACAGAACGCAGGGCCCGAACUGUUGUUGCCAGCCCACGGAAACUCAAGGCACGAUGGAGUGUUGGAGGAUCCACAUGCUGCUUGGGAUAAGCAAAUACUGUCUGCCAAAAUCGAUGAGGACUAUUCGGACAAACGAAAAGUAUUAGAAAGACCAGAUACAGGCAAUGCUAUCAAACGGCAUAUUAUCAAUAACAGUAGUUUUAAUUCUGAAGCCGAAUCAAUCGUUGAACACGUCGAAACCAGUCAAACUUAUGAAAAUUCCGAGUUGAGACAAAGGCGAAACAAAGUUAAAGAAAUGAUGAAACAUGGCUGGGAUAAUUAUGUUAAAUAUGCAUGGGGUAAAAAUGAAUUGAAGCCUGUAUCAAAACGAGAUCAUUCUGGAAGCGUAUUUGGAUCAGCAAAUAUGGGUGCAACUAUUGUCGAUUCAUUGGAUACAUUAUUAAUUAUGGGUUUACACGAUGAGUAUAAACUUGGAAGAGAUUGGGUUGCUAAUAAUUUUACUUUAGAAAAUGUGAAAAUAGAUAUAUCUGUUUUUGAAACAAAUAUUCGUUUUAUUGGCGGUUUUCUUACGUGUUAUGCUAUGACUGGUGAUACUGUUUUUCGUGAUAAAGCUGACUAUAUUGCAAAAAAAUUAUUACCUGCAUUUCAAACACCAACUGGAAUACCAUAUUCAUUAGUCAAUUUAAAAUCGGGGAACAGCAAGAAUUAUUUAUGGGCAAGUGGUGGUAGUAGUAUAUUAUCAGAAUUUGGUACUCUACAUUUGGAAUUUGUAUACUUAUCUGAUAUCACCGGCAAUGACAUUUAUAGACAAAAAGUUGAACAUAUUAGACAGUUUGUAAGAAGUCUUGAUCGACCUAAUGGAUUGUAUCCGAAUUUCUUAAAUCCUAUUACUGGAAAAUGGGGACAACGCCAUGUAUCACUCGGAGGCCUUGGUGAUAGUUUUUAUGAAUAUUUGUUGAAAGCGUACAUACAAUCUAACGGUAAAGAUUUAAUAGCACGUGACAUGUUUGAUGAUGCCAUGGCAAGUGUGAUGGAUAACCUAGUUCAAACAUCUUCUACUGGACUAACAUAUUUAGCAGACAUGCGUUUUGAUAGACUUGAACAUAAAAUGGACCACUUAUCGUGUUUUGCCGGUGGAAUGUUUGCACUUGCUGGUGAAACUCUAGGUAGUGAUGCGUCUAAACACUAUACUGAUCUUGGAGCUAGUUUAACAGAAACGUGUCAUGUAGCUUAUGAUAAAACUGCUACAAAAUUGGGGCCUGAAGCUUUUAGAUUUACAGAUAAUUAUGAUGCAGUUGCAGUCCGUGGCACUGAAAAAUACAAUAUUCUUCGGCCUGAAACAGUUGAGUCAUAUUUUGUUUUAUGGCGAUUAACUCAUGACAACAAAUACCGAGAAUGGGGAUGGGAGGCCGUGCAAGCUUUUGAAAAACACUGUCGAGUAUCGGGUGGAUAUAGUGGAAUUAAAGAUGUUUACCAAAUAGAUUCAAGUAAAGAUGAUGUUCAGCAGAGUUACUUUUUUGCAGAAACUCUCAAAUAUUUAUACCUAUUAUUCAGUGAUGAUAAUCUAAUUCCAUUGGAUAAAUGGGUAUUCAAUUCAGAAGCUCAUCCACUUCCUGUAAAAGAACUCAAUACUCAAUAUAGAAUGCAUCAAAGAGUUGUAUAAUUGUUGUGAUUAAAUGUUUGGAAUGUCAAGAAUUUUGUUUAUGAAUUUUUAAUCUAUGUUAAACAUUUCAAAAGCUAAAUUAGUUUAUGAAAUUCUUUGACAUUUAUUAGGUAAUUAUGUUUUCUUUCUUAUUUUUUUAUUAAAAUCUAAAAUAUGUAUGAAUAUACUGUACAUAACUUGCGGUAUAUUAGUAUACACAGUUAUUACAAUUUUACGUUUAACAAAUGUCAAAUAUAGAAUAUUCUAUCUUAGUUUGUAAAUAAUCACCAUUAUUUAUGGAAUGUAAGAGUUGAAUAACUUAGUAUAUUUAAUGCAUAUUAUUAUAUAGGUUUUGUUUUGUUAAAUCUAACUAUUUGGAAGCCACUCUCAAUGAUUCAUAUAAUAAAUUUUCUGUGAUAAUAAAUUAAUUUUUUUUGUCUAGCUAUAAUUCAAAUUUUAAGCAAGAUUCUUUGUUAUUGUUUGCCAAUUUGUUUUCUUUUUUGAUAACUCUAAGUAAUUUUUCUUACUAAUAAAUAUUAUUUUUAGUAUUUGUUAUCCAUACUUCUUCAAUACAAAUAAUGAUUUCGUAGAUUAAUGUAUAAUAUGUUGGAUAUUCGUAUAUUUUAAAAAUUGACAACUAUCGAGAUACUUUUUAUCAUUAUGUACAUUUUAAUGUUUACUUAUGCCAUAUGAUAAGUAUUUGUAAAAUUUCAAAUAAUUAAAAAUUGAUUUUAACAGUAUUUUAAUUUUAGCUGUAGAUUUAACAAUAGAUAUUUUAUGGAUUAUAGAUAUAUCAAUAAAUAAAAUUCACGCAAUGACUAGGGUUUGGGGCAUUUUGCACUAAUAUUGUUCUAUAUAUGAAAGCAAAUAUAAUACAGUUAGAAUGACAAAAAAAAGUUUUAGUUUUUGAACAACCAUGUAUGAUUAAAUAAAAUUGAACUAUUUAUUAUUAUUAAAAAUGGAUUUAUUAUUGAUUAGCGUUCGGGAUUUAUUGCACUUAAAAAUACUUAAAUUUGUCUUUUUGUAAAAUAUAUGCAAAGUCAAUUUUUAUUGCACAACAUACAGUAUAAUCAACCAAAAAUAAUUUACAAAUGCAUUCAAGCUUGAACUUUAAUUAUUACCUACUUUUGUUAAAUAUUACUUUUAGAUAAAUAAUAAUAAUUAUAUAUAUAUACAUACAUAUAUAUAUAUUUUAAUAUAAUUGUAUUUACUUUUAAAAAGGUGAUCUGAUUUAAUUUACUGUCUCGCUAUAAACAAGAUUCUAUAUCUUAUAAAUAUUUUGGUAUUUUUAGGUUUAAGUUAGUGGUGGUUUUUAUUACUAAAUUCAAAUGAUAAAUUAUUGUUUUUAUGUUUUUAUAGUAGUAAAAUAAAAUUUCCUGCAUUUGAUUUGUAAGUAAAAUGUUUUCUAUAAUAUUUAUAAUACACAGUCCCACAGACAUGCUGUCUUAUGUAAUUUAUGUAUGUACCAAAAUUAAUGUAUAUAAUACCAUAAAAUACAAUUAUAUUACACAAUAGUUAGUAACAUAAGGAGAAUUCUUAUUUGCUAGUUUUACAAUUCUUUAAACAAUUUGUAUUUUAACCAAUAUACUGCCUAAUUAAUAUGUUAUAAACACGUUUAUAUUUUUUUAAACAGUAAAUAAUAAUUAUUUUUUAAUUUACAAUUUGCAACCAGUAUUUCAUGUUAUUCACAUUUUUUAUUUUUCCACAAAUGAUGACAAUUAAUUAAAUUGUUUUAUUGAUCUAUGAAACUGAGUGUUUUUAAACUGUAACAUGGCAGUUUUUAUUGUGUAUUAUUAAUUGCAUUAAAUUGUUCAUUUGAUUUAUUAUUCAGUAUUUAUGUUAAAAAUGUUCACUAUGUAUACUACUUUUUUUUAAUGUUCAACACUUCGUGUCGUUAAUAUCUCAGUAAGGUCAUUUAUUAUUUUCAUAAAACUCAAAGAUAUACCAUUAUUUUUUACUUAUUUUACCACUUAUUGUUUAACUUGUAUAGUUUUGUUAACUAUGUAAUAUAUAUAGACAUAGAAUAAUAUAACAUUAAUAUUAUACAGGAUGAUUUGUUUUGUUUGAUAAGAUUUAAUGUGGUAGAGUUAUUAAGUUUUCCUACCACAGAAAGUCAAAUACACGUAAAGAAAUCAUGUUUUAUAGUUUAUAGCAGUGGCGAAGCUUCAUGAGAAAUAAUGAGUGUAAGAGGAAAUGGAAAUCUGGUGGAGGUUAUAACUACGCUAUGAGACAUUUCUCGCCAUUUUUAUUUUAGUUUUAAGCAAUUGUUAUUUACUCAAUUAUCAAUGUUGUGUGAUCGACCUCUGCUAAACUCUUUAUCAUGGUUGGUUUAUUUCUGGUAUGAUAUAUCUAAAUAUGAGUAUCAAUAAUAUUGUCAUUAUGCCCGAUUUAUUUUAAAUUUUUUUCAACAUCUCUCCAAGUUUUUACUCACACCUCGCCACUGGUUUAUAGUAUACUAUAUAAUUAUACAAUUUUUGCUUAAGUGCAUAAUGAACCAAAUGUGUACUUGUAUGUUAUAUAUUAAUUAUUUACUGUGUAAAAACAAAAAAAAGGAUUGUUAAAUUAGACCAUAAAUAAUUUAACAUUAAAAUAUUUAUUUUUUCUAGUUAAUUGUACUAACUACCAUAUUAUAUUAUUAAUACUAUUUAACUAAUGUUUGUAUAUUAUAAGAAUUAUACAUUUUCAAAUAACAUAAUAUAAUUUAUUUAUUGUUCCAUCCUUUAAAAAUGGAGUUUUUAUAUAAAUUGAUUUAUUUGACUACUUAAUUAAUAGAUUGUUACAAUUAUGUCCAAAACAAAUAGUACACCAUUCGCAUUUAUUUUUAAUUGUAAUUUAUUUGUACAAACCUGUGUAUGUAAAUAUAAAAAUAUAGUUAAUGCCAAUGAUCCACUUUUACAGUGUCAUAAUUGAACAUAUUAUCGUAAUCACUUGUUAAGUAACUAUUAUUAAUUAUAAAUAAUAUUAUGAUGUGUUAUUAUGCUUUUAGUUGAGUUUAGAAUAAAUUAAUUUAAAAGCGUGUUAAAGUUUAUUUGUAAGGUAACAAAAUAAUGAAAAAAAAAAAUAUAGUUGUUUUCUGCAUUUUAAA